AUCGCGCACACACGCACACAAAAUAUAUAAUAUAAGUAUGUGUAUAUGAAUUUUUUUUCGUAUUCUCUUUCUAUUCCUUUCUUUCCAUUUCUCCGCCCGUUCGAUCGAAUUCGCUUUGCCCACACACGGUCGCGCGCGCGCUCUCCGACUCGUUCAGUCAGUGUCCAUUCCGCAACCGGUACAACUGCGCCGCCGACACAUCGCGAUAUUUGCCAAUUGAAAAGUCGAAGACGCUCUACAAUAAACAGUGUUGCGCGUACCGUUCGCGUAAACUCCUGGAAUAAUAUAUUAUUAUUCUGCCGCGUAUUCCAACCGGUCGACUCGAUAAUCACACGUCAUUGUUCGAUUUUUCCGUCAGCAUACCACACCAACGGCUGUUUAUUGAGUACGGGUAACUGUCCAACAACGAUGAGAGCUGCAAAAAAAUCUAAAUCGUAUUGUAACAGAUAACUACCAUCAAUACAACAGGAAUGAUAUACUUCGGGAGAUCGUCUCUGUGGACCGCGUUGUUACUGUGGUUGUGGUUCGAGAACAAUGUUACCGGCGCAGACGACAAUAAUGGUGUUCAUGAAGAGAAGAACACGCCACACUCGCGGCAGAAACGCUUGCUGUGGAUCACCACGGAUGGCCGCCUGGCCCUGCCACCCGGUACCAGGCUUACGAUUACGCCAUCGUUGUCCUUGCCAUUCGUCAGAUACCCRCCAGAUGGGUUUCUGUCCAACAUGAGCAUCAGCUUGCCAUUCACGAUCGACUUCGAUAACUUGGGACUGACCGAUAAUCAGAAUCCAUUUGGYGCUUUCCCGCCGAUAUUGGCCAGGAGCAUGGGCAGGCAGAUGGGAUCGUUACUCACCGACUAUGUGUCUCAACUUAUGGACGGACGGAGAUCGACUAGAUCUGUUCCAACGUUACCCAAACCAAUACACUCGUACUUCCAAGGUGGUGAAAGAGCUCUGUUGUUCACUGUCGUAGAGGACCUUUUGACAAACUUCGGGAUGGACGGCAAAGCGUGUCUGCUCCGAGCCAUAUGCGAAGUUCACGGGCACAAGUCCAUACACAAAUUUGGUUUCAUCGGCGAAUUUCUUCAGCUGUUCCUCACGGCUAGUAGAUCGACGUACGCUGAUUUAAUGAAGGACUACGUGACUGCCGAAACUGUUGGCAAACACAGCAAAGAAUGUUACCCUUACUUUAAAGAAUGUCCGAAGUCGUUGUUCACUAACAAUCAUAACUAUUCGAAAAACGAUCUGUCRCCCGACGACGAGGACGAAGACGGCGAAUCGGUAUUGGCCGACGACGACGAGGACGGAGGAGGCAGUAGCAACGAUAACUACAGGGACGGCAAUGAGGUCGACGACGAUCGGAGGAAGUCGUCGUCGGCGAGCGGCGGAUCAAAAGUGACGGUGAAUCCGGCACCGUUGGCCAUGUGACCCGGUUGAAAGCAAUCAGCCGGGUGAAUUUAUCACUCUUCGCCGCGCGCAAUCAUCGUUGAAUAAUCGUCUCCCGAACGAAUUUCGUUUGUAUAUAUAAUAUAUAUAUAAAUUGUUUUAAGAGUGCACGUAUUUGUGCGUGUGUGUGAGCGUAUCCGGACACACUUCCGUGAUAAAUCUUUUCGCGUCUAUUUUUCGUCCUCUUUCGGUUCACGCCCACCCAACUCCGUCCCACAAACAACCCCUGUCCCAUCAACCACCCCCGUCAAAACACCACUCCCCCCACAACUCCAUAUAUUGUAAAUAGUCCUGCRCCUAAGCUUGUAUUUUAUAUUAUAUAUACACGUCCUUCUUCCCGAUCCCACGGGUUCCGCGCAAUCAAGUACCAAUAUACGUACCUAUAUGUAUGUUAUCUUGUUAAUUUUAUACAAUUUACGCGGAGUUCUCUGCAAUAAAAUCCUCCGGUUGACUCGCACAUGACUAUUCGACUGGUGCGAAAAUACUGUUAAAAUAAAUCGACCACCCGAAGAAAGACUAUAUAAUAUAAUGUCACAAAACAAUCACGAUAAAAAGUUAUGUCCGGAAAUUCAUAUCCCCGAGUCCGACGACCGCUCAUUUAUUAUCAUUACUAUUCAUUAUUCGAUAUUGUUUAUUUUACACCGGAACACACGCAUAAUAUUAUUAUACGUAAUACACUGUAGGGACAUUCGAAAUUCGCGCUGGAGACAUCUUUGCCAACGAUAACGCCGCCUUCCAGUGCUUAUCAUUAUAUUUUAUCUACAUAAUUAUUAUAAUAAACACAUUUAAAUAUCAUAA